AUGAAACAUCAGCCGAACGGCGAACUAUGCACCGAAGCAUUUGAACUUGAGGUGCUGGUGUCAAAGAUGAAGGAUCUUAUGGUGGAAUAUGUGGACGAAGGUAGAAAACCUGGCGCACCGGUGGUCAAAUGCAAAUCGCCCGAGGAGUUGAAACGAUUAAUUAACUUGGAUUUGGAUUAUGGCGGCACUGGCAUUGAAGGUCUAAUCCCGCUGAUACGAAAUGUUUUGAGUUACAGCGUAAACACCUGGAACCCUGGAUUCAUGGACAAACUAUACGCCGGCACGAACCCCGUGGGCGUGAUAUCAGAGAUGCUGGUAACAUUAUUGAAUGCAAACUCUCACGUGUAUCACGUAUCGCCGGCACUCACGUUGAUCGAGAAUGCAGUUUCCAAGAGUUUGGCCAAAUUAUUUGGAAUGGGAGAGAAAUCGGGGGGAAUAACGUGUCCCGGCGGUGCAUUCUCCAACCAACUGGCAAUGAUAACCGCACGAAAUCAUAUGUUCCCCGAGAUCAAGACCCGUGGAUAUUUCAGUUUUAAUAAGAAACUGGUGAUCUUUACCUCGAACGCCGGACACUAUAGCGUGAAGAAGACGGCAAUCACCUUGGGACUGGGCACUGAUUGUGUGGUCGAGAAACAUUGGAUCCUCGAUAUUGAUGAGAUUCAUUUGAAACUUCUAGAACAGCUGAUCAAACUUUCAUUGCAAAGGGGUGAAGUUCCAUUCUUCAUUAAUGCCACUGCCGGCACUACCAUACUGGGGGCAUUUGAUCCGCUGAGGGAGAUAGGGAAAAUUGCAAAACAAUACAACAUCUGGUUUCAUGUGGAUGGGUCGUGGGGUGGGAGCUUGGUAUUCUCGGAAAAAUACAAAUCUCGGAUUGAUGGAUCAGAUUUGGCUGACUCCUUGGUAAUAAAUCCUCACAAAAUGCUAGGCACGCCAUUACAAUGUUCAUUUCUACUCGCUCAAAACUCACAAAUAUUUGCCCAUGCAAAUUCGCUGGGAGCCGAAUACCUUUUUCAUCAAGACGGAUCGGAUUCUUGGAACAGCCAAUACGAUCUGGGCGACAGAUGGAAAAUAUUUGGUAUCGAAGGCUAUCGCUUAAAAAUUGAACAUUCGUUCAAGAUGAGUGAAUACUUGCUGAGGAGGUUGAAAGUCAGCAAGCGAUUUCGAUUAGUACUUGAGGAGCCAGAAAAUUUACAAAUUUGCUUUUGGUAUAUACCGGAAGGAAUUGAGGAGUGUUGGUUUGUCAUUAGGGAGGAUGAGGAAUGUCUAGAUUGUAAUGGGGGCGACAGAGCGUCGUUUGGAGCAAGGAAUGGAAAUGUUAUAUCGUCAGGAAUGGUGAACGGCGGUGGAUACGGGCAGAAAGAAAAUGAUGCAUCGUCAGGAAUGAAUGGCAAUGGAUAUGAACUGAAAGUAAAUGGUGAGAAUGGGAAUCACGUAGAUCAGAGUUCACGAAGGUAUGGCUACCUUCAAAAAUAUAUCAUUUUUAAACACAAGUUAUCUAACAUAACCAAAGAGAUACACCAUAGAAUUAGAAAGAAUGGGAAAUAUAUGUUUGAUUAUUCACCGGUAACUCUGAGGAACUUGGAGUUGCCGUUGUUCUUUAGGGUGGUGGUCAAUUCACCGGCAAUCAAUGAAAAAUUCUUAGAUGGCCUGGUAGAGGAAAUUGAGCGGAUAGGUGAAGAAGUGACGAUGUGGUUUGCGGAGAAUGAGCGAAAACGCGAAUGGGGAGAGGACGAGGAUCCCGAGAACGUUAGUGAAAUCGAAUCGAUGGACA